UUUUUGCCCCAUGGCCAUGCUUUGCUACUGACUUGAGCUAAUACAUUACUUUUGAAGCAUUGAAACAUUAAUGAAAUUAAGGAAGAGUGUACUAUACUAAAAUAUUAUCUAUAAUCUAUCAUAAUUACAGUUAUAAACUACCUUGUUAACUGCCAUGAUUGGUCUCAAAUUUGAAGAGGUGAGAGAUGAGCUUCGCAAGUGGCGUGAGGACAACAGCCGACAGAGUGAGGAGGUUGUUGACAGAUGGACUUACUGUCUACAACAUAACAAAAAUAAACUUGGUGAUGAGAGAUGGAUGGUAGAAGAGCAAGUGUUUGUGGCAGCAUUGGACUGCAACCGCAUGGAUAUAGCAGACCAAUGUCUGCACUCUCUGGCAAAAAAGUUUCCUAACUCACUGAGAGUUGCAAAGCUGAAAGGAAUGCGGCUUGAAGCUUUGGAGAAAUUUGAUGAUGCCCUCCAAAUAUAUGAGCGUAUCGUGCGUGAGGAUGAAACCAACUCUACAGCUCGGAAGCGCCGUAUUGCUGUUCUCAGAGGACAGCGCCGUUAUGUUGAUGCCAUCAAGGAGCUCAAUGAAUAUCUUCAAUUGUUCAUGUCGGAUUGGGAAGCAUGGCAGGAGCUUCUGGACUUGUAUCUGAAGGAGGGUGAUUAUGCCAAAGCUGCCUUUUGCAUGGAGGAGCUUCUCAUGUCCAACCCUCACAAUGCUAUUUACUACACGCGCUACGCUGAAGUCAAAUACACACAGGGAGGUUUGGAGAACAUGGAGAUUGCUAAAACCUACUUCGGUCAAGCCGUCAAACUCAACCCUAAAAACAUACGAGCUCUCUUUGGGCUGCAGUUGAGCUGCGAGCAGAUAGCAUCAUCACCCAAAACAACGGUUCAGAAGAAGAAAGAAGCCAUCAGAGUUGCUGAGUAUGCUUCGCAGCUUAUCAAGCAGAGGUACGCUGCCCUGAGCUCCCCUGCAUCCACACACGGUGAUCAAAAUUUAGUGGAAAGUUUAUCAGCGCUGACGGUGGGAGGAGAGAAAACGUCGCGGCCCUGAGUGCCGAGAUGCACUACGUUUGUCUGCAAUCUCCAUAGGCAAUCUUAGCGUUAAUUGUUUGGGUGCGACCGCGUGUAACAUAUUCCUUGCUAUUUGAGAAGUCAAGUAUCUUAUACUUUAAUUAUCUCGGCUAAUUGUCACUCGGAAUAAAUUGAAUAAUUUUUAAUGAUGUUCAACUGUAUGUAACUUUUUAUAGGGAAUAACUGGUUAUAAUAAUUUCCAUUAACUAAUAGGUAGGAAUUUUACCCUGGCAAGAUAUAGUCUUCUAGUCAGAAGCGUUACGGUCACUUGGAAGCUUUGAAUUCCAUUGUGCAGGAGACAAAUAUUAAUCAAUGAAAAUGGGUAUAAUAUUAACGAAGAGUCCUAGACAAGAUUCAAUUGAACACCUCAAUUGGUCUCCACGAAUCAGGUGGGAAAUCUACAAGGCUUCAAGUAUUUCGUUUGAGAUUAUAUGAUUGAAUAUCAUCAUUUUGUGUCUUUUGAAUGGGGUUUAUUAAUUGCAAUGAUGUGUAUGUUUUAUUAUUAUUCACCUACUGUUGACAUUCAAAAUGAGUAUGAACGGG